AUGGUUGUCGCCCACAGAGCUCUGAGGGACCAGAUGUUCCAUAACACAAAGCCUGUCUCAGACGCAGUCGCGCUCUUUGAUGCUGGGGCUGGUCAAUCCCAGGGUGGUAGGAAGAAUCAAGAAGAUCGGUGCGCAGUGAUUUUCCCAAGUCAAUUUCCUUCGAACAUGGAGGACAAGGUUGCAUUCUUCGCAAUCUAUGAUGGGCAUGGCUCUGAAUUAGUUUCAGAACAAGUUAAGAACAGUCUGCACCACCUGUUCGGACGGCGGCCGGAGUUCGAACGAGAAGAUUGGGCCGGGGCUAUCAAGGCAGCACUGGCAGAAGAGGACAGAAUUCUGUUGGAUAGGUUCAAGUAUGAAUCUGUCGAGCCUGCCGUUUCAGGAUCGACAGUAGCAAUGUGUUGCAUUAAUCUCACCAAGGGCGAGCUGUUCGUCUCCAAUCUAGGUGACUCACAUGUUAUCCUAGCCGAAAGGGACCCGCAAACAGAGCACCCGUAUCACAUCCGACGUCUCACAGAGGCUCACAAGCCCUCAAUUCCCAGCGAAAGGGUCCGAAUUGAAGAGGCAGGCGGGACAGUCAACAACCGCAGUGGGACAGCACGCCUUGGUUCCUUGAACAUGUCUCGGGCAGUAGGCGACCUGCAGUACAAAAAUCCGUUGAAUACUUUCCAAGACAACUUCGCGCCGGACCCCGCCUCAUCUGCUACCAGCCGAUCGGAAUCUCGGGGCAACUUCCUAUCCAAUGACCCAUACACCUCGCUACGGAGGUUGCACACAGACCGCCGUUACCUGCUACUAGUGGUGUCCGACGGAGUUAGCGAUCGAGUGGACGACGUGACCCUGGUUCAGCACGUGAUGAAAUUAUCGAUGCGGGGAAAACGAGCAAAUGAAAUCGCACAAGAAAUCGCCACCAAUAGUGCUAGCAGACCUCGCAGCGACAAUGCAACGUGUAUUGUAGCGUUGUUGGACGGACAGGGAUCGUGA